CUGAAGCGUAAUUAUCAAAGAGAAAAAAAGAUUAAAAAAAAAGCAACUGCCGCUCUUUCUUCUUUCUUACUGUCUCAGAUCCGCCAUUGUUACUUCUUCAGUUCUUCUUCUUCAACAACAACAAGAAGUAAUAAUUAGGGUUGAGAAACUUCGAAUUCCGAAACAACAGAGAGACGUACUAGUUUUAGCCAUCUUCUUUUCUUAGUUUCAUCGAACUUGGUGUUACCUCAAUAGGUCGACGCUCAAAUCUUGCUUAUUCUCUGGUUUUUAGAGCUUCUUUUAGAUUCUUUCGACAUGCCAGCCAGCAAAAAGAUUUCGGACCGGAAUCACUUAGGGCAAGUGUUCGACAAGCUAUUGAAUCAGAUUGGAGAAUCUGAAGAAUUCGAGUUACCGGAGUGGUUGAAUAAAGGAAAACCUACUCCUUAUAUCUUCAUCAGGCGCAAUAUAUACUUGACGAAGAAAGUCAAAAGGAGGGUUGAAGAUGAUGGAAUCUUCUGUUCUUGCUCCUCCUCGUCUCCUGGUUCUUCUUCAACUGUCUGUGGGAGUAAUUGCCAUUGUGGGAUGCUAUUCUCAAGCUGUUCCUCAAGUUGCAAGUGUGGGAGUGAGUGUAACAAUAAGCCGUUCCAACAACGACAUGUCAAGAAGAUGAAGUUAAUUCAGACAGAAAAAUGCGGAUCAGGGAUUGUGGCAGAAGAAGAAAUCGAAGCUGGAGAGUUUAUCAUUGAAUAUGUUGGAGAAGUUAUUGAUGAUAAGACUUGUGAAGAGAGGCUUUGGAAGAUGAAACACCGUGGCGAGACAAACUUUUAUUUAUGUGAGAUAACCAGAGAUAUGGUUAUUGAUGCUACUCAUAAGGGAAACAAAUCAAGAUAUAUUAAUCAUAGCUGCAACCCUAAUACGCAGAUGCAGAAAUGGAUAAUUGACGGCGAGACCAGAAUCGGCAUUUUCGCCACCCGUGGUAUCAAAAAGGGAGAGCAUUUGACCUAUGAUUAUCAGUUUGUUCAGUUUGGUGCAGAUCAAGACUGCCAUUGUGGGGCUGUAGGUUGCAGAAGGAAGCUUGGUGUAAAACCUAGCAAACCUAAGAUAGCCUCGGAUGAAGCUUUUAAUCUAGUGGCACAUGAAUUGGCCCAGACACUGCCCAAGGUGCAUCAAAAUGGACUUGUAAAUAGACACAUAGAUGCAGGAAAAUCAUGGAACAAUCUUAGUCAAAGGGAUACAUGUUCGCGUAAUUGCAUUGGUGUGGUGAUCAGGUUAUCUCGCCCCACGAGUGAUAGGUGUUUUGGCCUCGUUAGACAUUUUGAUGAGUAUUCAAGAAAGCACUCGGUGAUGUUCGAGGAUGGUGUUACCGAGUUUGUCGACAUGUCGAGAGAAGACUGGGAGAUUGUCUAAUAUUGUUUUCAGAUUGCUUUGAAGUUGAGAAACCAAAAUAACCUGUCUUGGUAAACUAAAGGUAUCCCAAAAAACCCGGGUCUGACUGACUGGGAUUGGUGCAGUGACAUUGUUUGUUGCGUCUAACUUGUGACCUGUGUUUGUACAACCAUUAUAAGAGAUAUCAUAUAUCUACUUGUGUAACCACAUCUGUACUUUCUUCUCCUUCCUUCUUUUUUCAUGGGGAUCUCAAAUGAUGAUGUCUUGCAAGAACCUUCGUGGUGUGUAAUUGACUUUGUAAGAACCGGUAAUCUCAUAUCCGGUUUAGCUUUUAAAAAUUUGUAUCCAAAGACCGGUUUGUUCUUGUUUGCAUGUGCUGUUCUUAUUCGUGCAUCUGUGUGAGUGUGACUGUGUCGGUGUCGCCGACAAAAGCCGGUGUUUGCAAAAUCUGACCAGUUUUGUUUUAGCGAU